GAUGCAGAGCAGCCCCGUGUCGUGCUCCAUACACGUGUAGAGCCAGGCUGAGAAAAGGUGUAUCUGUGGGAGACAACAGGAGCAGAAUAGGCUGUAAUCGGAUUGAAAUUUGGUUUGUGGGCGAAGAUUUUGUGCUCUGUCGCUCCGGGUUGUUUUGACGGGAGGCUCUGGCUGGAGAAUAUCGGAUACCAGAGCACAAUGAUGAAGUACAUCCUGGUAACCGGAGGAGUCAUCUCUGGCAUUGGAAAAGGCAUCAUUGCGAGCAGCGUGGGCACAAUCCUCAAGUCAUGUGGUCUGCAUGUAACUGCCAUCAAAAUCGACCCUUACAUAAACAUAGAUGCGGGCACCUUUUCACCCUAUGAGCACGGCGAGGUGUUUGUGCUUGAUGACGGGGGGGAGGUGGACUUGGAUCUGGGGAACUAUGAGCGCUUCCUGGACAUCCGACUGACGAGAGAUAACAACCUGACCACUGGCAAAAUCUAUCAGUCCGUCAUCAACAAGGAGAGGAGGGGAGAUUAUCUGGGCAAGACCGUACAGGUGGUGCCCCACAUCACAGAUGCUAUCCAGGAAUGGGUUGUGAAACAGGCCAAAGUGCCAGUUGAUGACGAUGAUGUAGAGCCUCAAGUUUGUGUAAUAGAGCUCGGAGGCACCGUUGGAGACAUAGAGAGCAUGCCGUUCAUCGAGGCCUUCAGGCAGUUCCAGUUUAAAGUAAAGAGAGAGAACUUCUGUAACAUCCACGUCAGUUUGAUACCACAGCCAAGUGCAACAGGAGAACAAAAGACAAAACCAACACAGAACAGCGUGAGAGAGCUGAGAGGACUGGGUCUGUCUCCUGAUCUGAUCAUGUGCCGCUGUUCCACUGCUCUGGAGAACUCAGUGAAAGAAAAGAUCUCAAUGUUCUGCCAUGUGGAACCUGAACAAGUCAUCUGCGUGCACGACGUGUCGUCCAUCUACAGAGUGCCGUUGCUGCUGGAGGACCAGGGCGUGGUGAGCUACCUGAGCAGGAGGCUUAAUAUGCCCAUAGAGACCAGACCCAGGAAGAUGCUGACGAAGUGGAAGGAGAUGUCUGACAGGUCAGACAGACUGCUGGAGCACUGCUCUAUAGCACUGGUGGGGAAGUACACCAAGUUCUCUGACUCCUAUGCUUCUGUUAUAAAGGCUCUGGAGCACUCCGCUCUGGCCAUCAGCCAUAAAUUGGAGGUGAAGUAUAUUGACUCAGCGUAUUUGGAGCCCUGUACUCUGCAGGAGGAGCCAGUAAAAUACCACGAGGCGUGGCAGAAACUCUGCAGCUCUGAUGGCAUCCUGGUUCCAGGAGGUUUUGGCGUCAGGGGAACUGAAGGAAAGAUUCACGCCAUCAACUGGGCCAGGAAACAGAAAAAGCCCUUCCUAGGUGUGUGUCUUGGAAUGCAGCUGGCUGUCUGUGAGUUUGCCAGGAACGUGCUCGGCUGGACAGAUGCCAAUUCAACAGAAUUCGAUCCAGAAUCAAAGCAUCCUGUGGUGAUUGAUAUGCCAGAACACAACCCGGGACAGAUGGGCGGCACCAUGAGGCUCGGAAAAAGACGAACCAUUUUCAAAACCAGCAACAGUGUCCUCCGAAAGCUUUAUGGAGAUACAGAGUAUGUGGAUGAAAGGCACAGACAUCGCUUUGAGGUCAACCCUGACCUGAAGAGUCACUUUGAAGAGAAGGGCUUCCGCUUCGUAGGUGAGGAUGUGGAAGGAGAGAGGAUGGAGGUCAUAGAGCUGGACGAUCACCAGUAUUUUGUUGGAGUGCAGUACCACCCUGAGUUCACCUCUCGCCCCAUCAAGCCAUCUCCCCCCUACCUCGGCUUGCUGCUGGCCGCUGCAGGAAAGCUGCAGAGCUACUUACAGAAGGGCUGCCGUCUGUCUCCACGGGACACGUACAGUGACCGGAGCGGCAGCAGCACCCCAGACUCAGAGAUAUCAGAACUGAAACUGCCGUCUAUCUCCAGUGAAUGAUGUAUGGAACACCUGUUUUAGUGCAAGACAUUCUGCAGUAAAUGUCUUUUAUAGACUCAGUCAUUUCUGGAUAGAAUUGUAAAGUAACCCCCCUCCCCUCCCUUAAUGCGGUCUGUCAGGCUCAUUGGUGGUGAACUGAUGAUUCACUCCAACACUGAUAAAGCUGCAUUUCUCUUCAUGCAGCACUGACCUCAGGCAGCCAUGGAUUAGGGAUUGACAGUUUCAGUCCUGGAACAAAGUACUCUGAAAACCUGUUGCCUUUAUAUGUACUCUGCCUGCACUGAGGUUUAACUGACAUGAUAUGCUGAUCGAGUGCCACCGACUUGUCCACCUGUAUUGUGGCCUUUUUAUUAAAUGGGUGCUGUUGUUGACUAUCCAGAACUAAAAUUACAGCAAACAUUGUUUUCACUCGUCGCAAUUUCACUGUGACCAGUCAGAAGUUUUAUUCAGCAUAUCUAUAGCUUCACUGUGACCAGUCAAAAUGACGGUGAAAUCUGUAUGUUCAUUUGGACUCGUCAAAAUAUCCGUUGCAGAUAUGUGAGGUGUCAUAAUGACUGGUCUGAAGUGUUGAGCAUGAUGCUGCACAUGCAAAGCAUCUUAUUGGAUGCUGGUCCAGCAAAGCAUUUAAAUAGUGUUAGCAGGAGUAAUUGCAGCUGCUGUGGUGGAUCAGAUUGCUAGGAAAUAGGAAAACUUGAGAAUAACAGUUACAUUAGUCAGAGACUUUUGGCCAAAAUUUCUUAAAACUGUGGUCUGAGGCUGCUGUGACAUGGCAGGAAUACAGCUGCCAGAUGUGGUGAACUACAUGUGAAAGUCUGCUGCAGUAUGUCUGGAUAGAAAGCCGUCCUAGCAGCUUUGGAUGCAACUACAGAUUUAUCAGUUUGCCUUAUCAAGACAUCUGCAAUUCCAUUUUGAUUUGUCAGAAUUCUAGGUCAGUAUUUCUACAAUGUCAUUUUAACUAAUUCAAACUUAAUUAUAAAAUCUGAAAUGGACAGUGACAAAAGGAAAUGCACCCCUAGUUUAUUACUAUUGAUUCCACAUUCAGUUCUUUGUCAGUGAUGAUAGAAAAUAAAAGUGUAUUAAGUAUAAACAAACUCCCAAAAUCAAAGACAUAAGCAGAAUAGUACAAAAAUAAUGAUGCCCAUUAGAAUUGCUGAUGGACAGUGUGAACAUUGUCCAUUUAUUGCUAAAUUACAUUUACCCUACAUGUCAUGGAUCUGUACUGAUUGUUAAGGUUUAGGUCCAGAGCCAUUCACUCCACCAGAACUAGACUAUCUGCUCUGUAGUCAAUGGGCCACAUGAAACUUGCAGCCGUUUUCUGCUCCAGCCAGCUGUUAAUGUUUUUAUUACCUGGUCUGUCUUAUCCACACUGUGCCUUUAAUUGGGACAGUGGUACUGGAGGUCAGGUCAUUAAGUGUUCAUAGCAUAAUUUGAUCUUAAUUGUAACACUGAGAUGUUUUUCCUUCCACUAAAACUGCAGCAUUGCAGUUUGUACAAAUUUCUGGUUUCUAAAUUGAUCAAUAAUCUUGUCAGCCAAAUAUACGUGGUGCAUUUCUUUCCUGUGCCUGUUGGUACCUUGAGUUGAAAACAGAAUUAUAAAAUCAGAUAUUAGAAACUGGAAUUGGUUAAGAUAUGUAAUAAGAACACACGACUGUUACAACAGUAAUGUUAAUAUCUGAAAUGUAUUUGACUACAAACCACUGACAUACAGAAAGCUGCAGCACAUAUCUAUUCUAGCUGUUAAAUAUGAAUGCAGUUUGCCCUGUGCAUCUUAUUUUCAUAUGUCUUGAAAUAUUUUAAAGGUAAUAAAAGAAACUCCAAGAACA